AUGAAAAAUAAAGGAAGUUUUAUAAUAAAUAAGAAAUCAUCAAUAAAGAGUAGUAAAUUGUUUUUGUUUGAGAAUCUUUUAUUUGAGGAUGUUCCAAUAGCUGCAAAAUAAGCUUAUCUUGAAUGCCUUGAGAAAUAAAUAAAUGAUUUAGAUAUGAUGAGGAAAUAAUUGAAUGAGAAUAUAUAGAAAUAAGAAUUAAUAAAAAGACAAUAGUAAUAGUUUAGAAAAGAGAUUGAAAAUAUUUAGAAUGAUUAAAAACUUGAUCAUAAUAUCAUAAAUUAGUCAAUGUUAUUAAGUCAAUUUAUAAGCGAAUAAUAAAAAUUAGAUACCUGUUUAAUUGAAUAAAGUUAUUUAAAAGAUUUAGAAUACUUGUAAAAUUAAUAACUUAAAACAUCAAAUCAAUUCGUCCCUUUUGAAAAUGAAUUUUUAUGA